UCUGUGCUCAGCCAGGAGAUAUCCACACUCCACCACAGCCUGUCCUGGCCCCGGCUCCCAGCUGGGUGCUGGAAGGGCAGCACUGGGGCCUCGCACGCAGGGCCAGUAGAAGUCAUAGGCAAAAGAAGGGAUAAGGAGCAAGCUGUGGAUGUGGUGCUUGUGCCUAUCUGCUCCUCUCCGAAGAAUUUCUUUGCAUGUUCAAAAGCUGAGUGCCUGGCUCUACUCUCCAGCUGGGAGUUUGCAGAUGCUGUUGUUGAAGCUGAGCAGGUGGAGGCUGGUUCCUGAGCAAACCUGGGCUCUGCGCUGCUUCCCAAGCCUUCCACAGGCAUUGUUCCAGAUCUACGGCAUAAAGGAGGUAUUGCUCGGAGCUCGCUGCUAACGCUGUACCUUGCUAAGGAGAAACCCUGCACCCUGCCUUUCAGCUUACAGAAUUAACGAACAAAGCAACCGAAUCAUUCCCACGACGAAUCAGACCCUUUCCUGCGUGACGACCGCGCUUGUUCCAGAGCCGUGCCCUGGGGACUGAGCAGCUGUGCUGACCAUGAGCGAGCAGAGUCACGUCAACAGCCUGUUCCUCAAUGAGGAUGCAGCCAAGCGGCUCAAUGCUGAGGGCCGGGUGCAGCGGUUCCGGCAGGCCGUGCAGAAGCGGGCAGCACGGGCCAAGAAGCGGAUGCACAGCAUCACUGCCGACAGCGCUAAAAGCUUCUUCAGGAGAAAUGCCUUUGUCCUCUUCACUAUUGCUGCGGUCUUACUCGGGAUCAUCCUGGCAUUUUCCCUCCGUCCCUAUCAGCUGACCUAUCGCCAGAUCAAGUAUUUCUCCUUCCCCGGCGAGCUGCUCAUGCGUAUGCUCCAGAUGCUGGUUCUUCCUCUCAUUGUCUCCAGCUUGAUUACAGGAAUGGCCUCGCUGGAUGGCAGAGCCUCAGGGAAGAUGGGGAUGCGGGCUGUUGUCUACUACAUGGUGACCACCAUCAUAGCAGUCUUCAUUGGCAUCCUCAUGGUGAUCAUCAUCCACCCAGGAAAAGGAUCUAAGGACAAACUUCACCGAGAGGGUAGAAUUGAGCAGGUGCAGACCACAGAUGCCUUCAUGGACUUGGUGAGGAAUAUGUUCCCACCCAACCUGGUAGAAGCCUGCUUCAAACAGUACAAGACGCAGUACAGCACCAGGGUCUUCACCAGAACCGUCGUCCACAGCAGCAAUGUCACCGCAGGUGUGACAACCACUCAGAUCCCUGUGCCUGAGAACAUCACCAGCAUCCUGGAGAACGUCACUCAUGCCCUGGGGACCGUCUCCGAGGUGCUGACCUUUGAAGAAGUCAUUCCCAUCCCGGGCUCAGCCAAUGGGGUGAACGCGCUGGGGCUGGUAGUGUUCUCCAUGUGCUUCGGUUUGGUGAUCGGCAGCAUGAAGCAGAAGGGACGGGCCCUGCGGGAGUUCUUUAACUGCCUCAACGAAGCCAUCAUGAGGCUGGUGGCCAUUAUCAUCUGGUAUGCUCCAGUUGGGAUCAUGUUUUUAAUUGCUGGCAAAAUCCUGGAGAUGGAUGACCUAGCAGUGAUGGGAGGCCAGCUGGGGAUGUACACGCUCACCGUCAUCGUUGGACUCCUCAUUCAUGCCCUCUGCGUCCUGCCACUGCUCUACUUCAUCGUCACUCACAGAAACCCCUGGGUAUUCAUCGCAGGGCUCCUGCAGGCCCUCAUCACAGCCCUGGGCACCUCCUCAAGCUCAGCGACUCUGCCCAUCACCUUCAGAUGCCUGGAAGAAAACAACGGUGUGGACAGACGCAUCACGAGGUUUGUUCUGCCUGUGGGAGCCACGAUUAACAUGGACGGUACUGCUCUGUACGAGGCCCUUGCAGCCAUCUUCAUUGCACAAGUAAACAACUACGAACUUGACUUCGGGCAGAUCAUCACAAUAAGCAUCACUGCCACGGCCGCCAGCAUUGGAGCUGCAGGGAUUCCCCAGGCAGGACUGGUGACAAUGGUUAUUGUGUUGACAUCUGUGGGGCUGCCUACUGAAGACAUCACGCUGAUCAUCGCUGUGGACUGGUUUCUGGACCGCCUUAGAACGACCACCAACGUCCUGGGGGAUUCUCUGGGAGCUGGCAUUGUAGAGCACCUCUCCCGGCGCGAACUGGAUGCGCAGGACUGCGAACUUGGUAAUUCUGUGAUAGAGGAGAAAGAGCAGCUCUCCCACUCGGUUUGCCCACGGAACGGCACUCUCAGGCACCCCAGGAGUGAGACAACACUGUGAAAUCGGGCAGCAGAGUGCAGAUUAACCCUGUACAGAGCCAAGACUUGAAACAGAAGUCCAUAGUGGAGGACAGAGAAAGAUCCACCUUCCAGGAUGCACACUGUUCUCCCCCUCUGCCACAUGCAGCCUUCCCUGAUCCUGUUUCUCCCCUGUCUCUUUCUGACUGGCAUUAAAGAGGAGAAAAUUAAACUGCAAAGGAAGUUUUAUUCUACAAAAGCCUGAUUUAGUCAUUCUUAUGGGGUCCAAGAGUUAGACCUGAGUAAAGAAGACUCACUGAGUAAGCUGGACUAGGAUCUCCAUUGUUUCUGACCUGAAGUGUGAGCACAGCUAAGCGGUGAGGUGGGUCGUGGACACCAUGACCUCUGGACAGGCACCAAAAUGCUGCUAUGAUGACUUCACCCUGCAGGACCAGCUGCAAAACCUCCAUUUGCUUAGGGGAUUCUCCCAAGCUUUUGACUUUGGCCCAAAACUCCUGUUCUGCUCUUCACUGGGAAGAGUGUUUAUGACAAACACAAUAUCCUGAUGUUUGCACAGAUAUGUAGACGGUGCAUCCUGAGAGCUUCUUGCUUCCCUGGCAGCCCUUCUGGCUGCAGACAUUGGUCACCCAGCUCCUAAAGGAAUGUGGGACCAUACAAAAGGGACAGGGCUUAGUGUGGUAGCACCAAUAGGGGUCAAUAGUGGAAGCUGCUGAAAGAUUGCAAAAGCAAGAAACAAUUACAGAAUUGAUUAUAUCCAUUAUCCAGCCUCUGAAACAGCUCUCCCCUCUGCCAAGCUCUGCCAAACACCAGUUAACUUCAUCUCUCUCUAGCAAGCUCUUCUCCUCUUGGUGAAACCAGGAGAGAAAAUGCAAAGUUUGAGAACAGUUUGCCCACCUGAGCAGCAGGGUGCUACCUCCAUGCCAGAAAUUACUCCCAGCCACCCCAGAUUUGCUCAGAAAAGAGUUUUCCUCCUCCCCGUAAAUCUCCUAAGGGAACUGGUCCUUUGCUCAUCCAUGGCCAUUUUCAGAAGUGACUUCCCUUCAGUCACAUUUCUCCAGAGCGUGCUUCAAAAUAUAUCUGUCUUUCUACAGCUCUUUAUCUUUUAUAGGCAGCAUCCCCUUGCUUCCCAGCACUGGUACAGGUUUGCCAGACCCCAUUCUUAUAAAUUCAGGAUAAAUUUCUCAGUUCCUACCAAAUGGAACUCAGCUACGCCUUAACACACUUGGACAUAAGCCCACACAUCAUCUGAAACAUCUCAGAAGCCAAAGCAAGCAGCAGGGCUUUGCUUCAUCUGUGUUCUACCUCCCUUCCCUGGCACAGCCAGGAACACAGCCUGGAUCUCUCACAUCAGUGAAGAGAACCAGCAGGUCCACACUGCUCCUUACCAUCCAGAAGCCCUAGUUGUCCAUACACUCAAAGGUGUAACACCUAAGUGGACCUCAGGAAGAACUCAAAGGCAUCAGCUGGAGUCAACCUCGCCAUUCAUAUCCAGCCACCCGCCCACGCUUAUCUCCCCAGCACUAACAAAGCUUCCUCAAACACAUCUCUGGAGAUGUCCAAAGCUCUUUUUGGUCCUUCAAGAACUGCAGGAUUGGUGCUGCCACCCUUCACAUUGCGUACACAGAGUAUUCUGGUUUUAUGGACUGGAUGAUUGUUGGGAAUCUGAGAUAAAUAGACAAAUGCAUCACUUUCAUGUAAAAGUGGUUAAUGGAGCAGGGUAAACAGAAGCAUUUCGUAACUCCGUGUAGUAGUAGUUGGGCCCAGAUCCUAAGGCAGCAGGUUGUUCCCUGACUGUGGGAGGCAGGCUGCUUAUUCAGACAAGAGAUCUGCUCUAGCAGGGGGCAAGUGAGCAGGAGAACAAACUAUUAUCCUCCUCUUUGCAGCAUUUUUUUAUCUUGUAUGAAUACUAUUAUA